GAGGUUUCUCAUUGGCCGCAGCGGGGAGAGAGGAGGAGGAGACGGGCGGACUGGCAGGAAUUCCUCGGCUCUCUCCUCAAAUUUCAUCGAACCGCUGAUCUGUGGAUAAAACAUCCCGACCAGAACCGCUUCUUCCUUCCUGAGCAGAACCGCUUCUUGUCUGAGCGAAACGAUGUGGGGAAGCGUCGCUGUAAUCCUGCUGCUGGCCGCGGCUUCCUGUAAAGCAGAGGAGCCAAAGAGCAAGAGCAAAGUCUGCGCCAAUGUGUUUUGUGGGGCCGGCAGGGAGUGCGCCGUCAACGAGAAAGGGGAGCCCAGCUGCCUCUGCAUUGAGAGUUGCAAACCCCACAAGAGGUCAGUGUGUGGCAGCAAUGGGAAAACCUACAGGAACCACUGCGAGCUGCACAGAGAUGCUUGUCUAAGUGGCCUGAAGAUCCAAGUGGCUCACGAUGGACAUUGCCGGGAAAAGAAAACAGAUCAAGCAGCUGCCAGCCCAGUGGUGUGCUACGCUGCUGACCGUAAUGAGCUGAGGGGUCGCGUCAUCCAGUGGCUGCAGACUGAGGUCGUCCCAGACGGCUGGUUUGCAAAGGGAUCCAACUUUUCUGAAAUCCUCCUCAAAUACUUCAAGUCGUAUGAUGAUGGCGAUUCUCUGCUGGAUUCCUCUGAGCUGCUGAAAUUCAUCCAGCACAACGAGACAGUUGGAGAGCUGCAGUCCUACGCAGACCAGGAGAGCAACAAGCUGCUCAGGAGCCUUUGCAUUGAUGCUCUGAUUGAGCUCUCUGAUGAGAACGCUGACUGGAAGCUAAACUUUGAUGAGUUCCUUAACUGUCUGAAGCCUAGUUUCAACCCCCCGGAGAAGAAAUGUGCCCUGGAGGACGAAACAUACGAGGACGGCGCAGAGACCCAGGUCGAGUGCAAUCGCUGCGUCUGUGCUUGCGGCAACUGGGUCUGCACUGCAAUGACCUGCAGCGACAAACAGGCUGCAGUGGGUGAGUCAGCAGAUACGGGAGCGGAGAUGACUGAGGAGGAAUGGAACCUCCGUGUUGCUGAGCUCAACAAACACCAGGUCUGUAUGAAGUGGGAAUCUCUAAUUGAUAAAAUAUGUGUCAUAUGGUGACCAUAUUUAUGAAAA